UCACUGUAUGACGCAGUGGUGUUGCUUAAUAAAUUAAUUAGAAAUAAUGAGACUAAGUUUAGAAUAAUAAUGGACGAAUUGUCUAUUGGCAGAUUUAAUAGAAGCGAUAUUGAUUUCAUGUGUCAAUAUCAAAAAAUUAUGGGGCCAAUUUCAAUAAGCUUGGAUUUACUCCAGGGUGAUACUAACAUGUAUUUUGGUCAUCUCCUACCUACAAUUGAAGAAUUAAUUUAUAAAUAUGAAUUAAUGACAAAUGAUGUAACAGUUUCUAAUUAUAUGAAACCUUUGGUGAAUGCCAUACUUAAUGGUAUAAAAACAAGAUUUGCCGAUUAUUUGAUAGACAAAUUUUUAAUUGUUGCUGCAGUCUGUCACCCACUAUUUAAAACAGCAUGGAUUAAAAAUGAUACAAAAAAACAAUUGGCCUCAGAAUAUUUCAAAAAUGCAUGUUAUGAGUUAGACGAGUUACAUACCAAUGAUAAUGACAAUGAUGAUGUAGAAGAUAACCAAAUGACUGAUAAUUUAUCUAGCUUUUUUACAUGGUCACAAAAUUCCCGAGAAGAAAAAUCAACAGUUAGUGAUGAAAUCGAUAGAUUUUUGGGCACAUCUCCAACAAAGACAUUAGAAUGUUUGCAUAAUUUACCCACUAUCAAAAGAGUAUUUGUGAAGUACAACACUCCGCUACCUAGCAGUGCGUCAGUAGAGAGAGUGUUUAGUGUUGGUGGUGCAACAAUAACAAAAAAAAGAACAAACAUGACUGAUAAGCAUUUUGAAGAAAUAAUGUUUUUAAAAUGCAACACUCAAUUGUUCGAUUAA